AUGAAGAUUACACAGCCCGUUCUAUGGGCGGUUGCUUUGAACAGGGUCGCCGAGGCUCUUGUUCUGCCAGAGAUUAGAGAUGAGAGAGGGGUUUCUCAGGGCGAACAUGGGGGGCGUCGUCACGAUGUUGAAGAACACGGCCGUCGCGGACGUCCUCACCACGGACCCAAGCACGAAAAGGACGAGCACCGCCCCUGCAAGCACGGAAAAGAGGCGCACGACGAAGAAGAACUAGCUCCACUGUACACUCCAGGGUCAGCUCUCUCCGCUUCCAGCUCGCGCUCGAACAAGUAUAUCAUCUUGUUCAAAGAAGGUGUCACGGCUGAACAGAUUAGUGCACACAAGCAGCUGUUGCAACAGGUUCUGUUGGAGACGAGCGACGUCUCUGCACAAGGUAUAGUCGCUGACGUGCUGGACUCGUUCGACCUUGAGGGCGUUUUGUCCGGUUAUGUUGCUGAACUGUCUCCAAUGGUGUUGGAACUCGUCAGACGCUCGCCAUUUGUGCAACUCGUGGAGCAGGACUCCGAGGUGCACACUAACGAGUUCGACACUCAGAACAACGCUCCUUGGGGGUUGGCCCGUAUCUCGCACAGAGACCCACUGUCCCUAGGGUCCUUUAACAAGUACCUCUACGAUGACGCCGCUGGCGAAGGUGUAGACAGCUACAUCAUCGAUACGGGGAUCAACGUCAAGCACAAAGAAUUCGAGGGCAGGGCCCAGUGGGGGAAAACGAUCCCUGACAACGAUUUCGACGAGGACGGGAACGGACACGGGACCCACUGUGCGGGGACUAUCGCCUCAAAGCACUACGGUGUCGCCAAGCGCGCCAACGUCAUCGCCGUGAAAGUGCUCCGCUCUAACGGGUCCGGGUCCAUGUCCGAUGUUAUCAUGGGUGUCGAGUUCGCUGCCAAACAGCACGCGAGCAAAGCGAAAUCAAACGACAAGAAGUUCAAGGGAUCCACGGCUAACAUGUCCCUAGGUGGUGGGAAGUCCCCAUCGUUGGAUCGUGUCGUCGACGCCGCUGUGAAGUUGGGAUUGCACUUCUCCGUCGCUGCGGGGAACGAAAACCAAGACGCCUGUAACACGUCUCCUGCCGCGUCAGAGAGAGCAAUCACCGUCGGUGCAUCAACUCUAUCAGACGACAGAGCGUACUUCUCCAACUGGGGGUCCUGUGUCGACAUCUUUGCUCCAGGUUUGAACAUCCUGUCCACUUACACCGGCUCAGACGACGCCACGGCUACUUUAUCGGGGACUUCCAUGGCCUCUCCUCACGUUGCUGGGCUGUUGACUUACUUCCUGUCUUUACAACCGGAGAAGUCAAGUCAAUUUGGCACAUCCGCACAAAUCACUCCAGAACAACUAAAGAAGAAACUGCUCGACUACUCGACAAAGGGCGUCCUAUUCGACUUACCAGAGGACACACCAAACGCCCUAAUCUACAAUGGCGGUGGCGCAGACCUAUCCGAUUUCUGGGGCGACAAGGGCAAGAAAUCGCACAAACCUUUAUUCGCACACGAAUACGACAACGUUUGGGCGAGUUCCGACGCCAUGUUCGAACAGGUCAGAGCCAUGUUCGGGAAAUUGAAUAUCUUUUGA